AUGACAGAUACCUCCUCCCUCGCCAUCACGCACGCCACCACGGAUCCGUCCCCGGUCCCCGCUCCUCCAGACUCUCCAGCAAAUGGUGCUAUCUCUGAUUCGGGCGCGCCCGAUGAAGAAGAGCCAUACACCAUUAAAUGUAUCUGUCAGUUCAAUGAAGAUGACGGUAGCACAGUAUUCUGCGAACGCUGUGAGACGUGGCAGCACAUUGUCUGCUACUAUCCAGGCGUGCGAGUACCGGAUGUGCACAACUGCAUUGAAUGUGAGCCACGUCAGUUGGACAGCCGUCGCGCUACUGACCGACAACGCCAACGACGGAUUCGAGAACAGAGUGAGGACGGUGACCGAAGAAAACGAUCCAGUGCGAAGGCACCCAAGAAAAAACCCAAGGAUGGCGAUGUAGAUGGAUUGGGUCAUCAACGCAGCGACUCUACCGCUCGUGAUCAACCGCCAUCGAAGAAGACGAAAACCUCCCACCGGUCCUCGGCCUCCGUCAGUGCUCUCUCUGGCGCUCCUCACCUCCCAACUCAGUCUCGUAAACGCCGCUCUUCUGUCUCUACUGCGCCCUCCCCCACCAAGCCCUCGGGUCCCUCCAUCCCUCUCUACUCCAAGGAAUUCCUACAACUCUACGAUAAUGAUGAAAGUCGUGUUGAUAGGGACAGUAACCUAUUCAAGACCGUGAAUCUGUUGGCCGAGUCGGCCUCUUGGGUCAAGAACCCAGAUUCCUUGGCUCGAGUCACCAAUGGCCGCCGAUCUGAGGACACCUUCAUGUGGUCCGACGCUGCUCUAGAUCGCUCUCACUGGCCUGCCCUCACUACAGACACCAUCACCGACUCAAAUCUUGAAACAAGCGGCCGCAACCCCACAUGGAAAAUCGUGAAGACUCAGGAUGCCGUGCGCAAAGAUGAAGUUGUUGGAGAAAUCACUGGCACGGUUGGAAUUUUUGACGACUAUUGCCUUGAUCCCAACAACAGGUGGUCUGAAUUGCGCCACCCAGAGCCUUUUGUUUUCUUCAGUUCUCACCUACCACUUUACAUCGACAGCCGACAUGAAGGUAGUAUGCUCCGUUACACUCGACGGUCUUGUCGGCCAAACGUUACCAUGCGAAUCUUCAUCACAAACGAUGUUGAGUACCAUUUCUGCUUUGUUGCCAAGGAAGACAUCCCCGCAGGUUCGGAGAUUACCAUCAUGUGGUAUUUAGAUGCGCAGCUAUCUGAGUCAUCCAAUGGCGUGGUCAAGCAAGAAUCUGGGGACAGCGCAACGGAUGCUGCCGCUGUUUGCAUCAGCAACACUCUCGCAAACUUCGGCGGGUGUGCAUGUGAACACCCACAAAACUGCUUGCUUGCCAACAUUGACCGCCGGCGGCCUCCGAAGUUGCUUGACACCCCCAAACAGACCAAUGGCAAGCGGAAGAAGGCUAAAACUAAGUCUGGCACAUCUCCGCUGGAUACGCGCCGUGGUUCAACUAGCCGUGCUUCGACCAGCCGCGCUGGAAGUGAAACCACGAAGCAUCUUGAAGAUGACGACGCGGCUGUUGACAGUCGAUCAACAUCAGGUUCUGUGCGGCGAAAAUCUCUCAGCCGGGACUUGAGUCCGACUGCUUCCAACCUGGGCCCCGUGACACUUGGCAUGUCCAUCCGCGAGCGUCGCAAGAUUGCCGAUGCCGAAAAGCAAUUUCAGGCACUGGAAAACGAUCAACGGACCACGGCCCAAAAGAGGAAAAAGCGCACAAGUGCUCCAUCGGCCCAAUCCCCAUCUGCAGUCGGAAACUCUACAUCGACGCAGACUGGGUACUUUGGAUCACAGCGUGGAUCUGGGAAAAUGCUUCACAUUGAUACCGCUGCGGAUGCAUCCCAAUCUCCUACUACAGGUUUGUCUCCAGGCUCUUUGCCUGCUGGUCGGCAUGCAAGUCCCAGCAAGGCAUCCGGAUCGAAUACGCCAUUCACUCGCCCCUCCUUCAGUCGACCGGCGUAUGUGGAUGCUGCAGUUCAGGUCAAUCUCGACGACGCCGAUGAACCAUCAAUCUUGAAUUCCUCUCCCCGUCCACGUAUCCAGUUCAUCCCAUCCAAGAUUCGUCUGCUGAAGCGAUACAGCAUGGAUCGUAUGCGAGCCGAAGAGGUUGCCCGGCAACAGUUGUCAUCAGCUGGUUCUGACAGUGUGGGCCCUGGGGGCUCAGUGUCUCCCAUGACUCAAUCCCCUACUCUUGGACGGGUUGGCAAACCAAACGUUGCUAUGAUGGAUGUGGAUGUGGAUACUUCUACUGCCGGCACACCAUCGGCUAGGGAUGUGGACAUGCAGGAUGUUGCUGGCAAGUCCGAGUAUGAUAUCAAGCAUGCAGGCCAUGACACAAACAAAACCGCUAUCCCUCAUCCGUGGCCAUCCACUGUUGCCCACAACACCAGGCUUCCAGGGUCGACUACUCCUGUGGUGCACGGCAAUCUUCGCGUCUCUAUGCCCCCGCCCAGUAUCCCCUCCAUUCCUCUCGCAGUUAGCCCUGGAUCUGCAUCUACUGCUAGUCUUGCUUCCCCUUCAACGCUCGAUGCAUCUUCUCCUCACUCUGCACACCCGCCUGCUGCACCUACCCCAACGCCAGCUAAGAAGAAACUCAGUCUUGGCGAUUAUCUAAGCCGCCGAGGUAUGACAACUCCUACCUCGGAUAGGUCUCAGCCUCAGGCCUCUGUUCCUGCUCCGACCCCUCUUGCGCAGGACCCGCUUGUUCCUUCGGGACAAGGGCAUUUGGCGAGUGCAGAUGAUGUGCAGUCUCCCGGCAGCAAGCCUUCACUGGACAACAAGGCUGAGACCUUACAGCCCCUUGAUGCUGUGAUGAAAGACACCUCCGACUCGACCCAUCCUCACGCCCCCUCUAUCUCUUCGUGA